UACAGAACUUCAUCUUCUUCCUCCCUCAACGUUUUCAGCUUCAUCUGUUUGAGGAAAAAAAAAGCUAAAAUGUCAAAGAAAUCAAAACCUAGAAAUGUUGAUCGUCCAGAACUUCACAUUGUAAAAUAUCUCAGCUAUUCUGAUUAUGGUUUACGGAUGUUGACAUGUGAUCACCAUGUCCCUCCGGAUCGGUACAAUAAGAGAGUGGAGGAGUAUUUACGAUCAACUGGGUUUUACCAUGUCGCCCAGAUUGGAGUUGUUCAAUGUCAGAAAGCACUGGUAAAUGCUUUAGUGGAAAGGUGGCACCCGGACACACAUACCUUUCACCUUCCGGUUGGUGAAUGUGCCGUGACACUAGAAGACGUGGCUAUGAUCUUUGGUCUUCCGACCGACGGCCUUCCAGUGACAGGGAUGACUUUGAGUAGUUUAGAAGUCUUAGAGGUGGAGUGUCUGCACCAAUUUGGGGUCGCACCGAGAAAGUCGGAUUGUCGAGGAAGCGGCAUAAAACUGACGUGGCUACGGGAUUUAAAAGAACAGUUACAGUUGACUGAUGAGAACAGUAUACAGGUGUACGUUAAGUGCCACAUCAUGUUGUUGAUCGGUACGAUCUUGUUUGGAGACAAGUCUGAGGCAUCUGUCCACUGGAAGUUUCUACCUCUGCUGAGUGAUUUUGCUAGUAUUAGACAGUAUAGUUGGGGAUCAGCAUGCCUAGCUCACCUGUACAGGAGUUUAUGCAGGGUAUCACGUUUUGACUGUAAGGAAAUUGAUGGUCCGCUAACACUUCUACUGUGUUGGGCAUGGAUGCGCCUACCAUAUCUAGCGCUGAUUCCUAGGGAACCUCGUAGUUUUCCGCUUGCAAACAGGUGGUGUAACUGGGAGCGUGGAGACCGAGUCUAUAGAUAUCUCAAGCUUGCUCAUUUUAGGAAGGCCUUGGAUGAUCUUCAGGAAAGCCAGUUUUUGUGGGUUGCAUAUUCUGUUGAUCGUGUUGAUCCAGACAUAAUUCCUGCAGAAAUCUAUAUACACUCGGUGAUCUGGAGUGCAACGGUUCCGUUGGUAUCUUUUGAGUGUAUUGAAUGGCAUGCUACCGACAGGUUUAGACAACAGUUCGGUUUCAUUCAGGGAGUUUCUCAUCAGGAACGGAAUCUAGACCGGGCACAUGGAGAAGUCUUAACUGGUCCUAAGAAUUUGAAUUGGGCCACAGCCACGAGUCAUUCAUUUUGGGUGAUGCAGUGGACAAACAGAGCAGGAGCCAUAGUCACCACUGCCUCCACCGCCAUCUCCACCUCCACCUCCACCUCCACCUCCACCGCCAGAAGAACAACAUCAUUCUACAAGCCAAUAUGUACCUCAGACACAGUUUAUUACGUCGUUCCCGAUACAUCAGCAGCAUUGGGUUACGCCACAGUUUGA